CGGCCAGAGUCUCGACAGUCGACAGCCACCCCCCCAGCCGUCCGCCAAUGUCGCCUCCUGUCUUGCGGCUUGCCCUGGUCGAACCCAUGAUCCCGGUCCUUGUUCUGGUUGCUGGACUGGAACCGCAUCCUCGUUCAACUCUUGGCCCUGGCUCGCCAGAGCUGGGGUCCCCCCUAAGCCCAUCCGUUUCCGCGCCGCCUACCAGACCACCCUAUCGCGCUACCUUUCUGUGCCUGCUCGCUCAAAUCUUCCAAACGAAUGCCUCCCUUCUAUCCGUUGGUCUCUCGUCCUUUUACAGCCAAAUCUGCGUACGAUAUCCGUACUCUGUACUCUGAUGGAUAGUACUGACCACUUCUGCACAGUGACCGAAAAAUCGUCUCGAAUCCUUUUCGGCCACUAUCCAGUCUGGUACGGAGCAUUCGCUUACCACUUGCUCGUCCUUCGCGUCCAACAAGUCGCAAGGCCCCAAUUUCUCUCCCCCAUCCAUCACAUUGUCCGACGUGGGGCCUGAUCCUGGUCUCUCCUCGACAGGACAAGACAAGCCAACACUGCACCUGGUGUUUUGCGGAUGCCGCGUGCUGAUGCUGGUCGGCCCUGAUCCUCGCUCGCCUUUUGCUCUUUUCCUCUCCCUCUCCUCUCUCUCUCUUCCUUCUUCGCCUCUCCUCCUGAGCCAGAAACCAUCGUACCUUUGCAGCGGUGCACUUCACCAGACGGACAGAGCGAACAGGGAACCAAGGCCCAUCCUAGCAGUGUGCAGAUACUGUGCAGUCUCUCGUCUCCGUCCUCCACUCCUUCUCUGGCACCGAAAAAACGAUUCCUGCAACCGCGGAUUGGCCCUGUUGAGCUGUCCGCAGCUUCAUAUACAUACCUGCCAACAACCCCCCACCGCCCACCGUUGCCUUGCCCUCUUCUUCCCUUCACCAUACCUGUGCCUCGCUCUGGUCGCACUCCCAACACCGCACACCGCACACCCUCCCACGCCCACGCCCAUCCGACGCUGGCCUGAUCCGACCGCCAACGUCUACUCACACAUCAAACAUUCAUCCGUCUUGCAUGCCAAACGACAACAUAGUCGACGCCAUUCUGUCUCGAACCUCAAUCGUCCCGCUGAUCGUUUCUCCCGGGUUCUGGGUGCUCCCAUCAGACUAGAUUUCGCUGGUGCCAACUUGGACAAGGAUCUCCCCGGCUCGACUCUGGUCAUCUCUAUUCACGCCGACACACCUAGCCGCUCCGAUCCAUCGAGCAACAGCCCGCAACUUGUUUGUCGCCGAUAACGAUUAGACCGUGUCUCAACCGCGCGCCUUCGACCAGUGGUCUGGACAGCGAAAAAGGAAAGGGAACGAGGUGUCUCUGUUCUGUUACGAGCCCUGUGUAGAGACCCUUGCCCACGUUCGUCCGCCAAGCAGCGAAGCGCCAUUGGGCAAGACAGCGGACAAAAGAGCCCCUCUCUGCUACCGCCCGUCUCUCGGUUCAUCUUCAGCAUCCAGCACCUCUCAUCCUUUUGUUUCUUCGGCGAGAGAGCUUUCAAUGGGCGUGGCCUGACUUGCAUCAUCCGACGCCGUUCUUCUCAAUUUCUCUCUCAAAAUCUUCAAUCAACUCACAAUCGGGCCAGCUGACACGCGCCGAUCGUACUGAGCGCAUCCGGAGCUGAACACCUCACUCUCUCUCCAGCGCUUGACUUGGCCAAGGGCUGAGUACGGAUCUGAGACUUCUCCACCUACAGUGAGUUCGCUCCGGCCGCCACACCCCCGAGCCGAGAACGUGGAAGGGUGCCCUCGCGCCGGAACGAGCAUUGAUGCUAAUAAGGGCAGCUCACUCUCAGGAGCAAUUACACAAAUCGUCUUGGACGUCCUUUCUCUCUCCGUCUUCACAUAGCGGAAUCUACAGUCUAUCAACCAGUUGAAGCACCCAGCAUGGCUCAAAGGCAUAACUCGUGGGCGCCUUCGCCCUCGUCGUAUGGCCCGCCACGGCCAGCCAUGGACGGACAUUACGCCUACGAACCCGAACCAAUGCGACUGCCACCUCCAAUGCACUCAAACUCGCAACCGAGGCCCGUCGCACAGCAGCAGCCCGAAUAUCACCAAAACGACUACCAUCAAGCCCCCUACUACCGCAGUGAUUAUCAGCAUCAGCGCGAGUACCACCAACCCCCCUCGCCUAGCUACCAUCAGCCGACGCAGUACCAACACUACCAACAGCCACCGCCUCAACCGACACAGCUUACCGAUCCGUACAGAGCAGCUCCCAUGCCCCGCUAUCCCCAGGAGUCGCCACGCGAAUCACCGACAUUGUCCGCGACCAAGAGUGAGCCAUACGACGAGUACCAGGCGGCAAGGGAAGCACAUUAUCUCAAGCGUAACCAACCUCCACAGAUGCCGUACGUGUCGCAGGGUGCCCCGCGGGUGUUGAACGACAACUACCAGGGCGGAGGAAAGGUCGCCAUUCCAUUCACGCCGCCCAGCCUGAGGAUUCCCGCAGUGCGGUCUGGGUCGACGAUCCUGACGGCCGGAGCUCCGUGGAGUGCCACGAGCCAGCAUGAAAGAGUCAAAAUUGAGGAUCUUUUGAGCGGUGGCAGCGACGAUCGGAGGAUGCUCCAGCGUGUUCCGGAACCAGAAGUCAAGGUGGUGCGAAACGAGUACGAAAUCUUUUUCCGCCAACAACCCAUGGCGGCCAGAUGCUGUGGCUACGGCGAAAGAGACAGAAGAGUCAUUGAUCCGCCGCCUAUUGUCCAGCUGCGGAUAAACAACCCCGACCUCACGCCUGACGAGCUGUACAACAAGAUUCACCACCCUGCCUACGUUGUGCACUGCAGUAUCUGGAACGUGGACGGAGAAACCGACGAAACCAACAUGCCCAACGAUGGGAUGCGACCAGGCAAGCGGAUCAUGGGCUCACUGGUAUCAUCACCCUUUGUGGGCCAAGACGAAAACGGCAACGAAGGCUGCUUCUUCUGUUUCCCCGACAUGUCAGUCCGCACACCGGGCAGCUUCCGUCUCAAAUUUGUGUUGGUUGUCGUCGAUCCGACGCACAUGGCGAAGAAAGCUCCCAUCCGGUCAACCAUCAUGAGCGACAUAUUUGUUGUCUACAGCGCAAAGGAUUUCCCGGGCAUGCAGGCCAGCACACCUCUCACCAAGCGUCUUAAAGAGCAGGGAUGUCUUAUUUCCAUCAAGAAGGGCAACGAAAAGUCUGGUGGGAAGAACGCUCGUCGGCAAGUGGACAGCGACGACGACGAAGACGAGGAAGACAACGCGGGAGGUGGCGGCGGCGCAGGAGGAACCUCAACGACCAGGCGCAAAAAGACAAGAAAGCAGCGGUGAACGACAAAAGGAAGAACAAAAACCCCCCACCGACUUGACACGGGAUGGCAGCAUAAUGUAACACGGCGUUCGUUGGAGAUUGGUAAAUCGGCGAAUAGACGGCGGCGAUGGUGUUUCAAUUGGGAGUUCUCGUCGGGUUUGGGGCCGUUCUUGACGACAGAGGCGUACAAGAACGAGUGUGCAAUACUUGUCAUACGUCGAAACCGUCUUUCCAAGGCCAGGCGGUAAUUUAUCAUCACGGCCUAGCAAAGCGAGGAAUACCCGCUACGAAGGUCGUUUUUUUUUUUCAUGUGUCUAUCCCAUUUGUUGCAUAUUUGUUGCUUUACUUUCUUCUCGAUUCACUCAUCAUUUCUUCGUAUCUAUAUAUACCCUUUGUGGAAAUUUUAUGGGUUAUGAUCAUGGAGAGACGCGAGUUUGAUAUUCGGUUCGACUCUCGAGGCCCCGGUUGCAUCGUUGGCGGGAAAGGCAGUCUUGUGCUCUUUUCCUCCACGGGGGACAAAGUCCAGGCUUUUUGCUGUGACCUCGCUAGGUACCAGAUGGAUACAAAAUUCAAAGUCGGGGCGCCGCCUUGUCAAACUCAUUUCACAUUGUUCAGCUACCAGUGAUGCUGCGCUCAGCCGACACACGCCGAAGCGGACCUCCAUUCCGACAUGAUCUGACUGCACACCGCGAGCAAGGGAGACACUCCCGUUUGGGGAACUUGUCGCAGCGCAUGGUCCCAUUGCCACGACUUUGGCGUCGAUGGCGCCGACGAUCCCCAUCCGACAGCCGGGCCAUCGUCGCAGGCGUUGCAUUCCUCGGCUGAGCAGCGUGAUCGUCUGAGGUUACACGGCCCGACACAGGGUGAAGGGCGAGCCGGGAAACAUGUAGGGAGCAAAGAAAAUGGGUGAGGCCAUCCGAGGCAUGCGAUUUGUCUCUCCAGGGACUCAUUCAUUCUCUCUCUCGCUCUACCGUAUGGCAUGCUCUCCGUCCUCGGGCCUUUGAGAAAUCAGGGCCGAGGGGUUCGUCAUUCUCGUCGUGCCGUCCCACCGACGAACCGUCCACGAUACUCCCUGGCAAAGCCCUGGCGAUCUGCCAACCGUGCGAGUCAGGGUUCAUGGGUCUUUUUUUUUCGUCUCCAAUCGUCCUGGUUCGUGGGUUGUGGGCCAUUGAGCCAUUUCACCAAUGCAAGGUACGGAUACACAGCAAUUGGCCCGCGAUUCGAGCAUCGCGGUAGCCGCCGCCCAUUAUGCAAAUAAAGUUUCGGGAGGGGACGGGCGAAACGGGUGACGGGUGGACGGGUGACGGGGUCACGGAUGCUUACCCAGAAGAACCAAACCGGCCCACGGUCCACCGAACGGGUACGCAGUAUGGGCGCGCAAUCUCCUGCAUUUUCUGCGAGAUUUACGGAUUACCUAGGUACUCCAAGCGGGAACGAAUUCCCGUUCGGCGGGCUCCAGUGGCGCGCGGGCACAUGGGCAUUGAGGUGGGCACACGCGGGUCUUGGUCCGGGCUUUUAUUUUCCCUCG